GAGUUUGCCGCCAUGAUCUGACCCGCUGAUCGGCGCCGCCGGAGAUAUCAAAUGUUUGGAGGAUCAACGGAGCCCCGUGUGUGUUGCGCGAUCGUUCACGUCGCUCGUUAUGGAAUGGCAUAAUACGUCGUCGCCCCGAGGAAGACGGCCGCGUAUGUACGAGAGCCCUGCCGGUGGCCGGUCAGAACAGCCCGAUGUUAAGCCCGUUAGGCAAACCUGAGCGGACGACCGUGUAUCAACGUCGUGUUCCUUUAACAAACAUAUGACUGUAAAUAAUGGUGUUUUGGGCCGUCGUUUAUUCGCUGGCGAUAAUCCUGCGCUUCGGUCUCCUGCAAGCAAAGCCAGAGUCGCAAGGUUACUGCGCCCCGUACAGCGGCAAGAUAUGCAAGAGAUACCUCAGCGGCAUUGGGAAGGUGUGGUUUAACGACUCCAACGACAAUCCCGGAGGAUGGCUAAACGAGAAGAUCACGGCGAACCUGUGGGAGGAGCUGAUAGGGACCCUUCUGGAGCCGUGUCGCUCAGCCGCAGAGAAAAUACUGUGCGUGUAUGCGUUUCCGCUGUGCCACGAAUCGACCGGCCUACCGCUCUGCUACGAAGACUGCAUGGCGGUGCGCCAACAGUUCUGCUUCAACGACUGGGCGAUCAUCGAGGACAACAAGCAGAGGGACAUUUACAUUCGCUCGCGCGGACACUUCGUGCUGCCGGAAUGCGAGAGUUUGCCCAAGGUGAACAAGGAGACGCCCACCUGCUCGCACGUACACCUGACCGACAUGGACGAGGAGAUCGUCACUUACGACUGCAUCAGGGGCAACGGUAGAUUCUACAUGGGGAAGGCCAACAAGACCAAGUACGGACUGGAUUGUCAGUCGUGGAGCGUGCAGAUGCCACACAGUCACGAUAAACCGCCCGAUGUCUUCCCGCAGAUUCGCAACAGUGAAAAUUACUGUAGAAACGCGGGCGGCGACGAGCCAAUGCCGUGGUGCUUCACGACCGAUCCCUCGAUACGCUGGCAACAUUGCGAUAUUCCUGUAUGUGAUAAUGUUACAACUAAAGUGGAGAUCGAACCGAAAGACAUAAUGAUGGACACUCUAUUUAAUAACACACUGGUACUCAUACUGUCAGCGUUGGGCUUCGUAAUUGUAACUGGUGCGCUGUUGUCUAUCCUGCUGAGUCAAAGACUGCACAAACGUCAUCGAGGCUACAAUCCGACCGAUAAUCAAGACGUGAAUAUCGAUCUGGACAAGCUGCCGAACAACGAGGCGUAUCACAAGACGAGCGCGCAGCUGAAUCCCAAGCUGGAGAAGCUGGAGUUCCCGCGGAACAACAUCAUCUACGUGCGGGAUCUGGGCCAGGGCGCGUUCGGCCGCGUGUUUCAGGCGAGAGCGCCGGGGCUGGUCACGGACGAGGAGUUCACCAACGUCGCCGUGAAGAUGCUGAAGGAGGAGGCGUCGGACGACCUGCUGCGGGACUUCGAGCGGGAGGCGUGCCUGCUCGCCGAGUUCGAUCACCCGAACAUCGUCAAGCUGCUGGGCGUGUGCGCGCUUGGACGGCCGAUGUGCCUGCUGUUCGAGUACAUGGGCCGCGGCGACCUCAACGAGUUCCUGCGCUCCUGCUCGCCCAGCAAUUACGUCAUCCGCGUGCCCAGCGCGGACGAGGGCGGCCCGACGGCGGGCGAUCCCUCGCGCCUCUCGCACAUGGAUCUGAUCAACAUCGCGCUGCAAGUGGCGUCCGGUAUGGUCUACCUGUCCGACCGGAAGUUCGUCCACCGCGACCUGGCGACGCGCAACUGCCUGAUAAACGACCAGAUGAUCGUCAAGAUCGCCGACUUCGGGCUGUCGCAGAAGAUAUAUCUGCAGGAUUAUUAUAAAGGCGACGAGCAGGACGCCAUCCCGGUCAGAUGGAUGCCGCUGGAGAGUAUACUCUACAACAAAUACACGGUCGAGUCGGACGUGUGGGCGUUCGCCGUGUGUCUCUGGGAGAUCUUCAGUUUCGCGCUGCAGCCGUAUUACGGGAUGACGCACGAGGAGGUGGUGAAGUACAUCAAGGAGGGCAACGUGCUGCGCUGCCCGGACAACACGCCGCAGUCGAUCUACGAUCUGAUGAAGCUCUGCUGGAACAGGCGGCCGUCCGACCGGCCCACCUUCCGCACGAUCUAUCAGACUCUCGACGGCAUCAAGCAGGAGCUGGAGGCGGAAUGCAAGUCGGACAGCGUCCCCCUGCGCAUCCGCGUGUGAACGUAAUAAGCUAACGGUAAUAAUCGAUAUUUCUCUUUAUUAUAGAGGCGCGCAGCGUGAAAUUUGCGUGAUUUAAGAAGAAAGAGAAGAAAUAUUUUUUUCGAAAACAAAGCUGUGGUAAAAAUUUAUUUUACAUCUUUCGACUUGUUUCUUUACAAGAAAUUACUCUUGUUUUUUUUUUUUAUUGUGUGAACGUAAAGAUUUACGGAAAUAAUCACGAAAUUGAUAGGCGGAAUUAAAUGUUUUGCUUAUAUUUAUAUGCAAUUCUGACCAAAUGUCUUUGUGUUUCUUCUGAAUCGGAUAAAUUUCACUCUGCGCGACAAUCAAUUAAGAGUAAGGCACACGGCACUUUGUGUGUACCUACCGCUUACUCUUUUCGAUUACAUUUCCAAGCUAAGUAACUUUAUAUUGUGUAUCAUGAGUGUGAUGUGGAAUGCCUGCCUUCUUAGUUGGAUCCGCCUCGAUACUGAAUCAGUUAUCAGUCGCGAGAAGUAAGAAAAGGACCAAUGUUAUAAAACGAAGGCGCGAUAUUACACGCGUUAACUUCUACUUCUACUUCUUCUUCUGCGGAAAUAGAUGUCCCUGUCGAGGUACAAUAUUGCUGAUUUAGAACCGGAUCUCCUGACGCGAAUGCCGCGUCAGCGGCGGAAGGAGAUUUUCACGCUUGUUUCUAUUUACUGUUUAAGUAGCCUCCAAUUAUCCCCAAUUAGGACUGCCACUUCUCUAAUUUUAGACUAUUAUCGUUCUCCUUUUUUACUCAUGUAAAUUUAUAAAAAUCUAGAUAUAUAAUACUCGUUAGGAAGAUUUUUAAAAGCAUUUUGCGAAGAAUUUUAUUGGGUUGAACGGAAAGUUCGGGUCUUUUUUUCUAAAAGAUGGCAUUAAUAUAAAUACAUGACAAACUGACCUCAUUUCAAUUGCUGUAAUUUAUAUAAUAUCGUUCGACAGCUGACAUUCCAAUGCGCGUUUUUAAAAAAAUUUUUGAAAAAAGAUUAGUGGUGUUUUGAGCGUUUUUUUUUAUUUAGAUGUAACUUUAUUCAUCUUGAAUACCUGGAUGAAUAAAGUCUCUAUCCAAAAAAGGCACGUUAAAUCGAUAUUUGCAUCUCUCGAAGUUCAUUGUUGAAUAAACAAGUAUUUUAUUUUAUUUUGUCUUUUCCGACGAUGAUUGGUUCUCUCUCUGCGCUAAUUUUGUGAGCGAUUGUCAUUGCAUAUUUUGAGUUGUACGAAGGAUUAAUAGCAAUGUAAUUGUAUGCAUUGUAAAUGUCGUAGUAAGAAAAGAAAAAGCUAAAUAGCAAAGCGCGCGUCUGUGACGUCUAGUAUAUCUAAAUAAAUAAAAAAAUAUCUUUCAAUUUGAUAAAAAAAAACAAAACAAGAAUUCUCCGUUCAACCCAAUAUAUUUAUUAUUAGACGUGGUCCGUUUUAUAAAUUAUCUCGUAAUUUUCUAACAUCAUCCUCACAAUCUUGAGAACGUGGCGGUCCUGAUUACCGCGUUCGGAUUCAAGUAACGCUUCUUUUUUUCGCGAGUAAAAGCACUGUCGAAGUCUGUACAAAUAGUAAUAAAAGCGGUGUGUGGCUAUAAAAACGCAUUUAGCGACGUUAUAUUUAGAGGCUCCUUGAUUGUUAGACGUGUGUUAGGUUGUUAGAUCGUUUGCUGUACCAAAAAAAAAAGGGAAAAAAAUGGAAAAAGGCAUAAAUAAUACCUAUAUUUAAUGUGCUGAGAUUAAGCGAAGAGAAGAGAAUUAUGUGGAAUGUUAAGCGAAAGCGAGAAUCAUUGAAUGAGUGUGUACACUAUGGAGUUGUUGUGUAAAUUAAGGAAGAACAAAAGGCGCGUUGCGACAGUGGCCUGCCGGAGCCGGUGGCUCAUCGCGGAUUCGCAUAAUUUCUAAAUUAUCAUUGCAUCCAGCGUUUUGCUCUUCGCGCGUGUCUCUUGUUCGAACGAGCUAUUGUUUAACGGCCGAACGUUUAACUUCGCGAAGAUACAAAAGGAGCGGGGUCUCGCGCGUACGCGGGAAUAUCCCGCUGAGAAAGAGCUAAUCGCCGCACGUUUAGUUGUCUCUUAUUUUAGCAACUCGCGUCUCCUCGACUCGCUGACCGCCUCGAUUAGGAAGACAAUUCGCUGUUUCGUUCUGUACCUGCUGUGAUUUUUUAGCGAAGCGCACCCUGACUGAUUAUACCCUGUCUAACUGCCUCACCACUGCCCCGCGAUUCCACAUUCCAGGAAGUAAGUCUAAUUAAGUUUAAGUAACUUUAAUAAGUUACCUGAAGGAAGUAACUUUAAAAUAAGUUUAAGUUACUAAGCAGCGGGGAAUCGUUCACAUCGCACGCCGCAAGUCUGUCGCGUACAACGAACGUUCCUUUUCUUUCUUUUUUUUUUUAAGUAUUUUCUAUCCACCGUGUAAGAGUAUUAUACAUAGGCUGCGCGUAACCAAGUAGCUCCUCGCUUCUCGUCGCUUUUACUUUAGCGAGUAAUGUUAACGCCGUUUCGCGCGCCGUUAUCCGACUGAUCGGUCGAGAAAGCGAGAGGAAGAUACGGUACGCCUCCGUCAGUUUGGAAGUAAGAUAUUCUCAUCCCUACCGGGGGGGGAUGAAACAAGACUGCCAUCGCGAUUCCCCUCGCGAUAUCAUCGUGUCGUUGCGCCGAGGAUCAAAUCGAAGGGUUCGUUUCCAGAAACGUGUCGGAUCUUCGAAGAGAAGACCGCGCAUCGCAACACUCGCCGUAUAGGUUUUUUUUCCUUUUCUGCCUUCGAGAAAGAGGUUCCUCGAAGACGUUCCGGAGAUCGCGGCCCCUCGAUUGACCAUAUCUUCCAUACACAUAUACACCAACGUACACACAAGCCUUUUUAUAUUGUAUAAUAUUUGUAUUUCUGUGUAAGUAGUGCCGUACAUGGGUGUGCAGAGUUUUCAUUAAAAAAAAAGAUGGGGAACACACACUCUAGUAAUCAAGUAAUAUGCAAGCAAGACCGAUACGCGGGAUAUAGAUUGACAUUUUCGAUCAUUUUCAGUUAUAGCUGAGAUUCUGUAAUAAUGUAGUAAUUUUUGUGAAUUUUAUACGUUUCACCUUUUAAAGUGGUUUUAUCGCGACUUUUCUUAGGUUUUGUUUGAAACUUUUACUUCGAAUUUGAAGAUAAUAAUAUUCUCUAUACAUACGCAUAAUUUUUAGGAGAAGUAACCAGGCAUGUUUAAAAGAUAAUUGCAUUUAAAGUGCUUACUUUUAACAUGCAUUUUCCAUAGGCACGUAGAAAUGGUACGUUUUUAAUUGUAGCGCAAAAAGGUAUUUAAAAAUUCGCUCCAAAAGUUAGUUGCUCUUUUUAUUUUUAUAUAUUUAAAUUUUUUUCCAUUUUGUUCAUUCAAUUUAAAAUAAUAAUUAAUUCUUUUAUACAUAAUAUAUAGAUUAACAUAGAAAGGUCACCAUUAUCAAAAUGGACUAAUUUAUUAAGGCCAAUCUACAUAAGUCGCAAACGCAAACGCGAAGAAAAAAAAAGAAAAAAACGUCAAAAAAAGGAAAAAGAGAUAAACGAGCGUUUGCGACUUACUAUAUGUAUAGAUGGGCCUUUAAUCAUAUCUAUACUAAUUAUUUAAAACAUAGAAAAUGGGGGGUCAUGAGAGAUCGACUAUGAUGAUGAUGACUAUUCGAAUAUAACUUUACAUUACAUUUUAAAGCUGAAAGAAUAAUAUCACAUUAUUAAAUUAUUAAUUUUGAUUGAAAAUGUCAAGGAAAAAAAACUUAAUUUUGGGGAUAUACAAGACAAUCGUCCAGAAAACAUGAAAGAAUCAAGUUCAACCAUAUUGGCUUGUGAUUGCUUUAUCGCAAUGUCAAUUCCUUAUCAAUAAAAUCAUUCCGAUAAUCGCGCUAAUUUCGAGUUUAUUAUCUUUUAUAGGCUUUAAUCAAUAUAAGCUGUAAUUUAUUAGGUUUUUGAUGAAUGCCUCUCCAGAAAUUGGUGUCUUAAUCAGCGAAUUCGUUUUUAUCAUUCUCUCAGCCUAACAUAAUCGAACGAGAGAAAAAAAAACGAACGAACGUCUUUCGGUCGAUCCGCUACACUUCUUGAAAUGAAUACGCUUUUUUUUGGGGUGAAAAUUCUGCAUCAUCUUAUCGGUGUAAUAGGCGCGCGUGCGUCCGUGACCAACGAGAAAAUUUACUGCCACUACGUGUAUACCUGUUGGGUUCGUGCAUACAUUAGCGUUGCCGAUAUUGGCUGCGCGUUCAACGGACAAAACAGCUGAUUGUCAGCGAGCGCUCAGUGAUUCUUUCCCGAGAAAGAAGAUAACGUUAAAUGACGUUUCAAUAACGUCUCAUUAACGUUGGAGACGUUAUUAAGACGUCUUUUGACGUUAUUAAGAUCGUUAUCUUGCUGCGUGGGUUUUAUUACUUUACGAUUGAUUUCUACACUUGAAAAUUCAGCGAAGAAUUAAUCGUGGACCAAUCGUGUCAAAGGAUCACUGAGCGCUGACCGAACUGCCUCCGUCCGCUGAACGGCAGCCCCCUUCUGACAGCGAGCCCCAUUUUUUCGACAUGAGAAUAUACAACCCCCCUCGUCCCCCCCGACGACGACGACUGUAACGUAACUCAUGCAGCGAAUUCUUCCAGCAGAUAAUCGGUGUAAUGAUUUUUUGUAAAUAAUCGAUAACGUGUCUCUAUCACGAGUCUCUGUACCGCCGACAAUACCGUUUGUAUACCUAUAUUUCUACUGUAUUACAUAGUACCAAGCUGUCUACCGUCGUUCAGAUCGCUCUUUCCGUUGUAGACUCUAAUUGUGUCACGCUGAAAUCCAAUAAUCGGUCUAACUGUACCACGAACGGAGGGAAGAGAGAUAAAAGCUCUACGUUCCCCGAUGUGUGCAACCUUGGCAAGAAAUAAACAAAACGUUUCGUAUAUUA